CGCUGUCCGAUGGCUUGAAAACGGGGAAUAACUGUGGACCACAGCGGAUUUAUUGCGCUACGGAAGCCGAGAGGAGCGAGCCGGCGGUCACAGGAGCAGACGAGACGUCUCCACUGAGGAAGAUAAAGCACCGUUGAGUGAAACUCUUGCCUUUUUGUGUGUGUUGGUUUGCGGGUGCAGACCCGGACACCAGACAACACGGAGACAGACUGAAGUACCAGAUCCGCCGCGACACCGGCGGGCGAACUUGGCUUCUCUACCCGGUGGGAGGUGUCCGUCUGUCGGCUGCGGCUCGCUGCACGUACCGCUCGCUCACCGUCACGCUGUUGGGACCUUUUUUCUUCUUCUUCUUCUCUUCUCCAAGAUAAGCUCAUUGCUGAGUUAUGUAUUUGUAAAUAGCUUUUUUGGGGGGUGGGGUUUCGGGGGUUUUCGGUAACCAACUGUGACUUUAAUGUGACGCACUAAACUGACAUGUGUGCCGUGCCGGAGCGGACCCCCACUGCAGAGGAGUAACAGGCUGCUAAAUCAAGUUGUUCCCUUCGGGUCUGCGGCUCACACGGAUGUCAGAGUGACAAGGGCACAAGCGGAUCAAGCCGGGCCAGGCUAGGCCUACCUAACCCUCUGUCUGGCCUUACCAGAAAGGUCAGCGACCUCUCCAGGGAGUCCCGAGGAUUGGGGGCUUCAGCCUGUUCUUCCAGAAACUUCCCCAGACCUCCACGCCGAGCUGUCACGGACCGGAUUCCAAUCCCGUUUAGUUCCACCAGCCUGUGGGUGGCCGUACUGGUCUGUUGCAGCUCCUCCCAUGUCUUGGAUGUCCCUCUCUGGAUGUUGGCAACAAGAUGGAUUCGGGUGUUAAUUUGACGCUUGUCACCUCAUUGCAGUGCUUGCAUCCCCCCUCCUUUGACUGGAUUUCACCCCUUCCCUCCCCAUUCUUAAAGCGAAAGCUCCUUCCUCUAUCCCGGGGCUUCCCUGGGCCCCGUGCAGAAGGACCUUGUAGGAACCGUCGCUUUUCGCGUUGAGACGGUUGACCGAGCAAAGAGGAAGUGGAGUUACCCUCCGUUUUUUCCCCUUUUUCCAGGAAAUUCAUCGGCGGAUGGAGAGCUUUCCGUUUGAAAAAGAAGCGUGCUAGGAGAGAAUUGUUCCCGCAGUAACCGAGCUCGCGCAGGUCGGUCCGAUUGCCCACGAAACAGAAGUCCUUAUUUAAACAAACAGAAUCCUGUUUUGUGGUCUGAGCCUCGGGGGAAAGGAUGUCUGAAAGCAGCAGCAGCAGCAAAGCGGUCAUUUUCAUGGCCCCGGCCCCCCCCCCUCCGUCUGCCGCUCCCUGUCCAUCAUCCCAGACCCCCCAUAAGAAUGUGAACGGCUCUGCCAGUUCAGACAUGCUCGCGGUGGAGGACCUCGGCGUGCACCCCGAGGUCCAACGGCGGCGCCACACCAUGGACCGAGACGCCAGAAUAGCCGAGCACCGCUUCUUCCGCCGAAGUGUCAUCUGUGACUCCAACGCCACGGCGUUGGACCUGCCGAGCAAAGCCGCCGUGAUGCUCGCCUCGCCGCCGGACUUCGAAGGGCCCCCCGACUUCUUCCUUCUGCAGCCCCCGGGUCCCGGGCCGCCGGACGCCGAAGGCGGGGAGGUCCCGCGAGGUCCCCACGCGCAAAGCGCCACCCUUCAGCUCGUCGGGGCAGUCGCCGAGCUCCGCGUAGAAAAUGCCGAGGCAGAUUCAGGCGAGGUCGGUAUCGCGGUUGCCGGUCCCACCGUCGGCGGUAGUGUUCAAGACCCCAGCGGAGCAGACGGGGCACUGAAAGAGUCCGCCCCGACGGCAUCGGAUGCCGCCGGCAAAACGGCGGGCGAACCGCCCGACGUCACACUGAGCCCCGGACGGUCAAAGGACCCGCAGCAGGCGGCAAAGGACGGAAAGGCGACGGAGCGCGCGGACGGGGGUGGCGUCGGCAGUCCGGCCGAGGGGAAAGAUAAGGAGACGGAGGAGGAGAAGGAGCUGGCGAAAAUCCGGGCCCAGCAGAGGGAGGCGGAGAAACGAGUGCAAGAGGAUAUCGAGGAGGUGGAGACGAAAGCUGUGGGCACGUCGCCAGAGGGGCGCUUUCUGAAGUUUGACAUUGAGCUUGGAAGGGGGUCCUUUAAGACGGUGUACAAGGGGCUGGACACGGAGACGACCGUGGAGGUGGCGUGGUGCGAGCUCCAGGAUCGAAAGCUGUCCAAGUCGGAGCGCCAGCGCUUCAAAGAGGAGGCCGGGAUGUUGAAGGGUCUCCAGCAUCCUAACAUUGUCCGCUUCUAUGACUCCUGGGAGGGGCCAUGCAAAGGAAAGAAAUGUAUUGUUCUGGUCACGGAGCUCAUGACAUCUGGCACACUGAAAACCUACCUGAAGCGUUUCAAGGUGAUGAAAAUCAAGGUCCUGCGAUCGUGGUGUCGGCAGAUCCUCAAAGGCCUCCACUUCCUGCACACCAGAGUGCCGCCCAUCAUUCACAGGGACCUGAAAUGCGACAACAUCUUCAUCACGGGACCCACGGGCUCGGUGAAGAUCGGGGACCUGGGCUUAGCCACGCUCAAGAGGGCUUCCUUCGCCAAGAGUGUCAUAGGAACCCCAGAGUUCAUGGCUCCGGAGAUGUACGAGGAGAAGUACGAUGAGUCGGUCGACGUCUACGCCUUCGGGAUGUGCAUGCUGGAGAUGGCGACCUCGGAGUACCCGUACUCUGAAUGUCAAAACGCUGCCCAGAUCUACAGGCGGGUGACGAGUGGAGUUAAGCCUGGCAGUUUUGACAAGGUAGCCAUUCCUGAGGUGAAGGAAAUUAUAGAGGGCUGUAUCCGAACAAACAAGGAUGAGAGGUAUGCGAUCAAGAUCCUGUUGAACCAUGCGUUCUUUCAGGAGGACACGGGGGUCAGGGUUGAACUGGCAGAAGAGGAUGAUGGGGAAAUGAUUGCCAUCAAACUUUGGCUCAGGAUAGAAGACGUGAAGAAGCUCAAAGGCAAAUACAAAGACAACGAAGCCAUCGAGUUCUCCUUCGACCUGAACAAGGACGUCCCUGAAGAUGUGGCUCAGGAAAUGGUUGAGUCCGGCUACGUGGCUGAGGGCGACCACAAGACCAUGGCCAAGGCCAUCAAGGAUCGCGUGUCGUUGAUCCGGCGGAAGAGAGAGCAGAGGCAGCUGGUGCGAGAAGAACAGGAGAAGAGAAAACUUGAGGCUGAACAGCUACAACAACAACAACAACAACAACAACAGCUACAGCUACAACAACAACAUCUGCAACAACAGCAGCAACAACAACAGCAGCAGCAACUGCAACAACAGCAGCAACAACAGCAACAACAACAUCAAGAGACACUCAAAGCGUCUCACUCACAGGUAGAAGCGGAGGAGGCUGAAGCGGAGCAGCAGCAGCUUCUCUAUCAGCAGACGGGCAUCUCACACACACCUGAAGGAGGUCUGGACAGCGGCCAGGGCUCCUCGGUUUUCUCCUCAGACUCCCCCCACCUGGGGCAGCUGUCCAUGUCUUACAGCAGCUCCCACUCCCCCCAUCCCUCCUCCCAGCCCCAAACCCCGUACCCCUCCACCCCCUCUGCUAACCCGCAGCAGCACCCCGGCUACGGCCAGCCGCCGCAGCCAAUGCAGCAUUCAAUGCCACACCCCUACAGUGGAGGAGGAAGCACAGGAGGAGGAGGAGGAGGGAGCAUCCCUCUCCAAACUCUCCCAGACCCCUCGACUAUUUUCUUCCCCUCCAUUCCUGAGCGUCCCAUUUCCUUCUCGCCUCCUCCCACUGGGCCUCCUAAGGCCUACAACACCCAGAGACGCAAGAGCACGUCCAUUCUCGAGGCACAUACCCGACACUUCCAGCCCGCCUAUCCUCGCUACGGGAGCAGCCUGCACCCCUUUUCUGGGAUGGAGGGUGUCGAGACGCCCUCCGUCUUCAUGGUAAAUCCCGGUUUCGCAGCAGCCGCUCAAAGACUUGGUGUCGGCGAGCCGCUGCAUCUCCAAGGACAAUCUGACCCGAGCUUAUACGGCUAUAAAGACAUGAGGGCGGAGCAUGCGGAAGCAGUGAGGAGGUUAAGUCUCAAUCAAGCUGCCUUAUUGGACCAUUAUGAAGCCAUGGCGUAUGGAGGAUACCCAAUGACUGCACACCAGCUCGGCCACUUGAGCUUCCAUCAACAGAGGCAAGCCGCAGCCGCCGGUUUUGGCUUUGAUCCUGUUCCUCCGCCUCAGCCGGGGUUCUUGCACCAACACCUCAUGCAAAGAAUGAGUGCACACAGCCCUAUCCCGCCGCUGUUGGCCCCCAUGAGUGCGCCCUCUUCGUCCGACGGAUGCUAUCUCCCGCCACAGCACGCCUCCUCGUCGGCUUUCCCGAUUUCUGCCCCUCCAGUGAUGUCUGAGGCGGCACCGCCGACCGGAAGUGUUUUUGAGUUCCAUCUCGCGGCAGCCGCUGCGGCCGCUGCUGCCGGCGACCCGAGCCUCCUAGCAUCCAGACUGUACCGGGCCAGAAGGAGCUCCAUGGACCUCCCUCUAGAGGACAACACUGGAACUGGAUCAGGCGGCUCAGGCACGUACAGCCGCCUUCAGCCGGUGACAGAGGAGCUGUACGCAUAUGCCAGCCCCGAGCUCCCCUUGCCUCCAGGAAGUCUUCUAAUUCACCACAUCGGCGUCGCCGCAAGAGACCGGAGCCCGGAGCGUUCCAGUGACUCGAUGGCCUCCUCCGAUGCCGGGGAGUUCCAGUCACCUCCUCCCCCUCCUCUUCUGCCUGCCUUCGACUCCUCCGCUGCUCAGUUCAUCCCUCACUCGUCCUCCGCUGCGCUCUACGAUUCAUGCGGAGGAGUGUUCCCCAUAGAUUCCCAGGGACAUCCACCGUCCAUGCAGAGCUUUCUCCCUGCCACUCCCUCCACCGAGCCUGGGGGGGCAUCAUCCAACCAGCUGGAGUCUCUGAUCCAGAGCGCCUGGGCUCGGCAUGGAGGGGUUUUACCAGCCCAACCCGAUAUGACAUACCAUGAGUCAUUGCUGGCCAUGCAGGCCGCUAACCCCACCCUGCUACAGGCUCAGACUCCCACCCCCCAGUCCACUAUGGGACCACCUCUGCUCCCCCUGACCACCCACUCAGCUCCCCCUGGGAACCCCAAACAGGCUGUUUCAUCCAAUCACAGCAUUACAUCAGUUCAGAGCCCCACACACACACCUCUGCCACAGGCGUCUUCCCAGCCCAGCUUAACUCCAUCUUCCGUUUCCUUGGUGCUGCUGCCCUGUCCGUCCCUCCCUGUUGCCAUGCCGACAGCGGUCGUGGCUUCCCGCCCCUCUCCUCUGCCACUCCCUGUUGGGGUGGUGCCUACUAUUGUUUCUCCUCCUCCUCCUCCUCCUUCUCCUGUGCCCAUACUUGUGCAUCAGCCGUUGGCCACGGUGGUGCCAAUCAUCAGUGUAGUCACCGCCCCGCCUGAUACUCCCAUGGAAGCCCCGCCCCAGUUUUCAGAGCUGUCCCAGUCCCAACUACAGCCACCUCAAGUUCUCUCAUCCAUAGAGAGUGGCCACUCUGAGACUUCAGGUCUGAGUGACGGCAACGAGGGAGGAGGAGGUCGCCAUGAAGGGCGCUCCACCAAGCGGCAUCAGAGACGAUCUGUGCGAAGCCGAUCACGCCAUGAGAAGACCUCAAAGGCGAAACUCAACGUCCUCAAUAUCUCCAACCGAGGAGAUAGGGUAGCAGAGUGUCAGCUGGAGACCCAUAACAGGAAGAUGGUGACUUUCCGAUUUGAUCUGGAUGGAGACAACCCUGAAGAGAUCGCGCAGAUCAUGGUCCAGAGUGAGUUCAUCCUGGAGAGUGAGAGGGAGUCAUUCAUUGAGCAGGUCCGAGAGGUGAUCGAGAACGCAGAUGAGAUGGGUCUGGAGAGAGACUCAAACAGCCAGAUGGCGGGGGAUUUGGCGCAGCAGAUUCCUGCUAUAUCGGUCCCCAUGCCAGACAUCACUCCCAGUGCAACAGCACAAGUGGUCCAUUCAGCAGGUCGGAGGUUCAUCGUCAGCCCAGUGCCGGAAGCCAGGCUGAAGGAACAAAUGUUGCCCCCACCUCCUUCUCCUGCCCAUGCACCUUCUGUUGAAACAGUUCCUCCAUCUUCGGCUCCAUCUCAGACUCCAUCCCAAGGAAUUGGGUUGUCCCAGUCUGCUGGAGCAGUCAGCUUACAACAGGCCUUCUCUGAGCUCAGACAAAACCAGUUUGACGCCGGACCCAGUACCGCCCCGGCUUCGAUCCACUCCACCCAUCCUCUCCUGCAGCCUGCAGCAGGUUCUGUCCCUUCACAGGCCAACAUAGUCACUCCUGCUGUGGAGGCUACGGCUGGACUCGUCCCUUCUAAUAUGAACCAGGGACAGGAGCCGGCCUCAGAUGCCUCUCUUCCUCCCCCGUCCUGCUCCUCCACCACCUCCUCUACGCCCGCUGUCUGUCCCAGCCCCACCUGUUCCUCCUCCCCUCCUCCGACUGUGGUAAAUCAGUCCAUCCUUCAGUCACAGGUAUUACCACAGCUGGGGGUACAGGCUGUGUCCCAACCCCAAGGACAGGUGCAGGUCCUGGGCCAAGCACAGCCCCAGCCCCAGCUGUUCACCCAGCCUCAGUCUCAAGCUAUCACGUCAGUACCCUCCACCUUCCCACCUGCCAGCAUCUCCAGCAUGACCCCAACAACGCUCACCUGCCCUCCUGCUGCCCAGCCUCUUCCUCCUGUAUCCUCUCCUCCCUUCUCCACUCUUCCACCCAGUGAAGUCUCCUCCGAUCAUCCUUCAGUCUCUCCCACCUCCUCCUCUACUCCGUCCUUCUUCUCCUCCGUCACCCCCACCACUGCCAUCCCACCCAGCCCCCAGCUCGCUCCCUCUGCCGCCUCCCACCCCAUCCACACUCCCCCCUCCUCCACUGUGGGGCUUCAGCCGGUGACCACCAGUGCUCCCCCAGUCCAACCAGCCGUGGUCCACUCCCAGCCGCAGACGCACACGCACUGUGGGGAAUGCGAUGCCCGGUGCGAGGCCUUCACGGAGUCACAAGGCAAACCGGACGACAUCCAAGCUCUGGAGAAGAAGCUGCGGUCUCUCUUCAUGGAUCUCGGUGGAGGGGUGCCGUCCACCCAGGGGGACAUCUCGGCUGCUGACCCUGCCUCUGGAGCCCAUGCGGCAGGGACCUCGUCCCCAAAGGGCCCCUGCUCGACCUCCGGCACAUCUGUCACCACGCCUGGCUCCAGUCAGCCAGCCAAUCCUCCUCAGACCCACUCCGGCCUGUCACUUGGGCCACCUCUUCCCAUCCAGGGCCUUGAAACACCUAUCUCCAUCCCUGCACCGAAUGUUUCUACAAUCAUCCCUGCUUCUUCCUUUGGCCAGACCACUCCAUCCAAACCCUCUUUAUCCAGGACAGUGGCCAGUUCUCCUUCCUCAGAACUCCCGCCAUCCUUCCCUGGAUCUUCUCUAAUACAGUCCCAGCAGCCUCUGGAGGACCUGGAUGCUCAGUUGAGGAGAGCAUUGAGCCCAGAGGCCCUUCCUGUCAGCACACACACACAGACGUCUCACGGUGGCGUACCUUCAGCGGGACAACCAAUUCCCUUCUUUCUGGAUGAAGCAACUGGGUUGUCUUCUGGUCCUCCUCAUCCUUCAGGUGGAAUCAAACUGGGAAGAUUUCAGGUCUCGUUGGCUGCUGAAGCUGCUCCUGUCCAACGACCAGCUUGCACUGAAUCUUCCUCCACCUCCUCCUCCUCCUCGCCUUCUUCCUCGUCGUCCUCCUCCAGUCUCUCCAGCCCGGAGAAUACACUGCACAAGGAUUUCUCAUCCCCUCUGAGAAGGGGAGGAGGAAAAGGAGGAGAUGUCGUGGACGGACUCCCCCAACGGACUCUGGGAGUGUUACACCACCCCUCCCCCAUCUCCUCCCCCUGCCCCUCUCCAAAGCCCACCACUACCAUCGGACGCUUCCAGGUUACCACCAACCCAGAAGCCUGUGUUGGUAGAUUCUCAGUCACUCGUGCCCAGGAGCAGGUCCUUGUGUCCAGGCUGACUCCUCCACCCGCUGCCCAGGCUGCUAAUGGGCCCAGUAAUUCGGGGCAGUUUUUGAGUCCGGACUCUGCUCAUAAAGCCUCGCUGCCCAGUCUGAACAACAACUCCUUUAACAACUCCUACAUUAGCAGUGACAACGACUCCGAAUUUGAGGAUGACGACUUCAAACUGGAAGUCAGCCACCUCAGAGAAAAGCACAUGCGUGAGAUUCAGGCCCUGCACUCCCGUCAGAAGGAGGAAAUAGACGGUCUCUUCACGAGGCUGGGAAAGGUCCCUCCAGCUGCAGUGCUCCCUCCAGUUUUAGGCUUGACUGGCAGGAGGAGACGUCCUACCAAAAGCAAAUCCUCCAAAUCCUCCAGAACCAGCUCCAUGCACAGCAGCAAGAGUCCUUUACAGCCAGGCAGCACUUUAUCCGCCCAGAGCGUCCCCGCCAUGUACCCCGGCCCGCUGACUCUGCUCGCCCCCGGAGGGUUAGCCGAGUCGUGCAGCAGUACGCUGCUCCGGCCACUCACACCGUCUCCCUCCGGCAACAACUUGUGCUCGUCCUACACCAGCGAGGCGGCGCUCUCUGUGCCCAGCCUGUGUGCUCCCACCCCAGGCUGUAUAAAGUUCAGCUGGGGUUCGGAGCGUUUGGCCUUCAAACCUGGCGGCAGGAGGACGCGCUUUCUGAGUACGCCCUGCUUGGCUCUUUGGAAGAUGGUGAAAAAAGUCUGCCCCUGCAACCAGCUCUGUAGGACGAAUAGCACCAAUGCAGUGAGCGGUUCAGGUGGUUUGGGCCAGAGCCAGGUGGGUUCUCAAAGUCUGCCCGCCAACAUGUCAGCCCCCCACCAGAGGAAAGGAACCUUCACCGAUGACCUCCAUAAGCUGGUGGACAACUGGGCCCGAGACGCCAUGAACCUCUCACAGGGGAAGAGGAGUGCCAAACAGCUGCAGCCGGCCCCAGCACAGGGACACAGCUACGAGGUCAUCCAGUCAGCCAGCCUGAACAGGAAGUUCUCCGCUCCCAGCCAGCUGUGUCCCAGCAGCAUUGGAGGUUCAGCCCACCUCCCCACAAACUCCACCACCGCUACCUCUCUGGCCACCCACAAGGGCUCCCUGUGCCACCCCCCUGCCUCCUCCACCCCACCCCAACCUCCCCAGUUCAUCCACUACCCCCCCACUGCUGCCUACAGUGCACAAUGGUCCGGUCCGGCUCACGGUCUGUCAAACCCACAGCCUGGGCCUCUACUGGUCAGCACCUCCCAGCCGCUGGGCCCCUACCCCGCCACGGUUGGUGGGCAGGGCCAGAUUCCCGGUCAGGGGCCGCUCCAGGCUUUCCAUCUGACCAACUCUCACCAGAAGUCCGUCAGCAACCCGGGAGGACCCAACAUGAGGACCACGUAGGACCGGGGGAGAAGGCCGGUUUGAAUCCCGGCCGACUGGACCGGACCGGUGUUGAACAGAGUGUUCCGGGGCCUGAUCGGCUUGGAGAGGAUGGAGGAACCAGAGCGGCGUGGAGAGCGAGGCGUUGGAAGGGACAGAAGCUGACCGCUUCAAGAACAGAAAAGAUCAAACAGGGAAUGAAGAGGAGCGAAGAAGAGUGCGUCGAGGCCAAUAAAGUGUGUCGUGAUGCAUCUCACCUCUGCAUCCAUCCACGUGUGUGUGUGUGUGUGUGUGUGUGUGUGAGAAGCAGUCACGGGAUCUCCAUUUGUUUGACUGGGUGUGUGUGUGGCAGGCAGCCGCAUGCUCAAGGAUAAAGGAAAAGACUCGUGAGAGCAACGUUAAAAGGCCAAAGAGAUGUUGACAGGGAGCGGGAUUGCCGUUAAAUACUGUUGGUGUGUGAGGUGUCGUGUAUGCGCACUUCAUGCCGAGUAUUAAGAUGAUCUCGAGCGCUUGUAGACGAGAAUAACAGGCAAAAAAUGCAGUUGUCGCUCUAUAAAAGGUGCCUGGUGGAUGCAGAGGGGAGCGUGGCUGGCCACUGGCGGGUUUCAUCCAGCAAUGUAAGCUCAAAAGGAAGGAUGCACCGCAGCAGGUCAACGCUUUAAUAUCAGAUGAGAGGGUGGUCAGGGUGGUCGGGAAGUGUUUUUUUUCUUAAGUAUUCAGAAUUUGGAAAUGUUCCUCAUUUUAAAGCACAAAAGAAAAAGAAAAACCAGAACAAAUCCAGGAUUUAAACUCCGGAGCCGAGCAGCGACAGCUCCUCCUCCUCCGCUGCCGUCUGUGUCUUGUUCUGACAAACAGACGGAGGAGAGACCGGCGGUCGGCGAGGGAGAGGAACAGAGAGAGCACCUCGCCUCGUUCCCCGCGACUCCGGCACCGACCGGACCAAGACGGCCGCGUGAAACACCUCCGUCACCAUCACGACUCCACCUCUCCCUCCGUCCCUCUCUCCGCCUCUCUGUUGCCAUUCGAAGCAAUAACAGCAGAAAGCUUCUAGAGCAGCCCAAACAAGAGAGAACUCCGUGUGAAAAAGUGGCCUUGUUAACAGAAUAAUAUCAGAGUCCCUGUACAGUUUGUGUCUCUGUUUAUUUUUUAGAAUGUCAGCCAUGAUGAUUCCAUUUUGUUGUUUUAUUUUGGUUUUUGUUUCGUUGGGUUUGUUCUGCUUGCUGCCCCCCCGGCUAGCAAUCUGACACACACACACACACACACACUCGCAGUGCAUGAGACAUUCACAGAAACACACACAACCAGAUUGAUGUAAAUACACACACACAUUGUUGGAGGCGUAGCAGCCGUUCUACACACACAUCCACGGACUAAUGCCUCGGUCGUGUGCGUCUCCAUUCGGGUGGUUUCAACGCGUGUGUUGGAAUGAUUGCAAUGUACAUUGUUGUUAAUGAUAAUUAUUCUAUUUAAAUUGAAACUAAGAAACGUGUUCUGUCGAUGGACCCGUUCUACGCGCUCAUCGGAGUACGAUGUGGAAACACUGUGAUGAUCGUUGUUUAUUCUUCGCGAAUGUUGUUGGACGACAUUAGUUUUAGGGUGAAAUAUCACAAAUUAAAGAAAUGUCAAAAAGGCAGACGGAGGACGGUUCGGGGGUCCUUUCACUUUCAGUUCACUGCUUUCAGCGAAAUGUGAACAUUGAGAACACUUCUCUUCAAGAAUGGGCCAAACGCCUUACCGACAACCGACAACCCGCAGCUUCAGUUCCUUUUUCAGAACCGAUUGAAUUGAAAGUCGAAACUGACCUCCGAGCCUGAUUACAAGUGAACGGCAGGAUAGUUGAUAUUUAGAUCAUAAAGUCACGCUCGCUAUUCUUUUCUUUUCUUAAUACAGUACUUAUAUAUCAGACACUUUAAAUCGCCCUCCGCUCCCCUUUCCUCCCAGGUUGUGUGAGAUGAAUGUGAAUGUAUAAACCGAUGGUGUCCAUUUUGAUGUACUUGAAAGAACAAAAACAAAAAAAAUGUCUUUCUAUUUUUGCUCUUUCGCUUCCCCCGAGCUUCCGGUAAAUACUGGAGGAACUUACUAGUGCCUUGCCUCCUUCCUGUUGCUCGUUUCUUUCGGGGGGACUCGGGUCAAGGUAAGCACAUGUGGCAGCCGGCGUGGAGACGUUUGGGUGGUGUCACUUUGAAGUCUGAGCUGGAGCGAACGGAGCAGCCGGUCGGUGCAGACGCCGUGUGCUCGACAGCUGGCGUGUGGUUGAUUUUGAUUUCAACUCGAGUGCGUUUGCCCCAAAAAGUAAAAGUCGUUCCACAGCUUUGCUCCACGAAGUGACGGAGAGGCGAAGUGACCCCCGACUCUGCUGCCCUCUAAGCCGAUGAGAUUGUCCACUUGGGAUGGAACGAGGUCGGUGUUGUUUCUGUGCGCGAGGCCCGUUACGCCACCAACAUGAUGCAAGGUGGAGGGAACUGGAGGGUUUAUCAGUGACGUUUUAUUUUCAGGGUUUUAAAUGUAGAUAUCGAAUUGGAGGAAGUUGAACGGGAAUACUUUUUCCCGUUUUUAGGAGGAGGUUGAUUGAAGAUUGUAUUUGAAGCUUGAACCCCUCUGGGUUUUCGAGAGCGGCGUAAAGUCAGCAGAGGUCACAUUCGUAGUGUGGAUGCGGCUCCACUGUAGUGGGGGUUGUGUUCCUCCCAAUCCCCUAAAGAUGUUUCAACCAAGCACAGAUCAAAGAACUGGUGAAAGACAAAUGUUUGACUUUGCGUGUCUAAAUGUUGAACUCCCGGUCCAUCACGAGGUCGGUCCGUUGAAGCGGGCUGAACAGGAAUGUUGGUCCUGCUCUGAAAGUCCAGUUGACUUGUAGUGAGAGUGACCACCAUCAGAUUCUGAUUCAAAGCCCGCUGAUUCCUGAUUGGCGCGAUCCAACUGAGCCGAGAAGAGAACCGAGAAACAAAGAAAUACAGAAACCGCUAAAAAGUAAAAUAACGUUGGCAUGAAACGUUGUUUUCAUAGGACGCCGUCGCUCAUCGUUAGAAGCUAAUUGCUCCUCUAAUGCAAACCGUUGUUUUCCAACUAGGAAAGACACCGGCUCGCUCAGCAUUUAAUACAAACAUUUACAAAGCCAGCCGAACUCGACCGUCUUCUGAACCGAGUCGGUUGGGAACGCCUCCGUAUCUGAGAACCGAAAACAUUCAGGCAUUGAGACAUCUUUGAGGGCAGAAGAGCUGGCGGUGGAGGUGGCGGUGGGACUGACUGGGAACACUGGUGGCGGUGGUGAUGAUGGAAGUGAUGAUAACGGUUUUCCAUUCCCUUGACGCCCUGUUUGGUUUCCUCUUUUCAUUUGUCCGUGCUAAUGGGACAAACUGACAUUCACUUCUCACGUUGCCGUGGGGGUCCCUGUUCGCACGUCAACGGUCGCCGUUCAUUUUUUCCAUUUUUUCCCCUUUUGUUCUGGAAUCCCUUAAAAACAUGAACGGGUUAUUACUCUGUACAAACACAACCCGUUGCUUCUGCUCAUUGAUUGGGGAUAUUUUCUACAACAUUUGUAUCGCUAGGCAGGUUUGGUUGAAGCUGUGAAUACUCAUUGAGCCACUUUUAGUUCUGGUUAUCAUGAUCUGUUGAAGUCAAACCUUUAGCGAUGCCUCCAACUUAGCGCCACGUCGCUUGUUUGUUUUUUUUGCCAGUGGAGUGAAAACGCCAGAGCUAAAUAAUAAAAACUAAAUUCUGUGGGUUUUUUUUUUACUGCUUUCACUCACUGGAGCUGUUUUUAGUUGCCAGGUAUCACUCUGGAGCUCCAGCCUCAAAUAAUUUCACAGUAGAGUUUUGAUCAUAUUUUGCUGUGUCUCUACUACAUCAUGACUAUGAAAGAAACUGCAGUGACUACAAUGCAAUAUUAUUUAAAGUUACAGUCUGCUGUCAAGCUGUGAGGUCACAGUUUGAUUGGACGGUUUUGUCCCCCGCUGGAGGACUCCUCUUUCUUUUUUUCCUUCUUUUUUCCACCUUUACAUUUAAACAGUGGGUGCAAUUGUUGUGAAGUUUAAUUUAGAGUUGUGGUGGAAGGACUCUUACUGUGAAAGGCUGGAGAGUUAUCCAGUGUGGGCGCACUCAUUGAGAAGUUUCCUGAAGAUGAAGUGGGAAAGUAGGAUUCUUUUUCUGAUGACACACACACACACAUUUGGUAGCAAUACUUGUUUCAGACUUGCUCGCAUUAAACUCAGCUUGUGUGUACACAGUUUGUGUCUGUUUAGCACUUGCUAACAUUAAUGCUUUUUACUGUAGUGCCCACGUGUAAUAAAAAUAAAUAAAUACAGAAAUAAAAAAGCCUUUUAAUGCACCAACAGAUCCAGACACACACACACACACAGCUCGAUUCAGUGCAUCUCCUCUCUGUUUCCUGUAGCUUGCUCUUGUGGAAUGAUGUCGAGUCUCAAGCCCAGCGACAGUUUCUCUGUUCCUGAAAACAACGUUCUCAACACGUUAAAAGUGUUUCUGGUUUCUCGGAUGCUUUCAUGUUGUUUUUUUUCCUCACUUAUUCUCAGUUAUCGGCAGUUUUAUUGUCUGCACCACUCUUAAUUCAGUGGUUUCCUUUUCCUGUAUCGUGUUUGACAUUGUACUGGUGGUGAGAUAAAACAAAUAUGGAUGAAUGAAUGAAAGAAAAAACAAUAAAAUACAUGUGGGGAGUCAUCGGCAGCCUUUAACGGGAUGUUUUGCACUAAGUAUAGAGUGUUCAAGCUUCAUAUUAAAAAAACUUUGCGCUACAUUACAGUGAAAUUUGUUACUUUAUUUGUAAAAACUUAAUAAAUAAAAGUUGUUUUAAAUGAA